AUGGCUUCCGCAACCUCCUUCUUCGAGUUUGAGCCCGUUGACAAGCGUGGCAACACCUUCCCCCUCAGCUCUCUCGAAGGCAAGGUCGUCCUAGUCGUGAACACCGCCUCCAAAUGCGGCUUCACCCCGCAGUUCGAGGGCCUCGAGAAGCUCUACCAAACCCUCAAGGCCAAAUACCCCGAAGACUUCACCAUCCUCGGUUUCCCCUGCAACCAGUUCGGCAGCCAAGACCCCGGCUCCAACGACGAGAUCCAGUCCUUCUGCCAGGUGAACUACGGUGUCACCUUCCCCGUUCUCGGCAAACUGGACGUCAACGGCAACGAUGCCGCGCCCCUGUACACCUGGCUCAAGGAGCAGCAGCCCGGCGUCAUGGGUCUGAAGCGCAUCAAGUGGAACUUUGAGAAGUUCCUUGUUGGCGCUGAUGGAAAGGUUGUUUCUCGGUACUCCUCUUUGACUAAGCCUGAGGGUUUGCAGGAGGCUAUUGAGCAGGAGAUUGAGAAGGCUAAGAAGGCUGGUACUCUGGCUUCGGUCAAGAAGGCUGCUGAGUAG